UAUUGACCCCAGACGUACUUUCGUUUUGUAGUUAUAGUGUAGCCAUCACGUGCGAUAUGACGCACAGGAAGCUGCACAAUGUGUUUCUAGUUGUAUGCCUUGAGUUUUAAGACGCAAAUACACACUAUGGGAGGGGCAAGCGUAGAAGCCGACUCUUCAGCGACAAAAGAAAAUGGAGGGUUUCUUCAAAAUAUCAAUGACUGUCUGGGUCUACAAAAGAAGAUGGCAGCUGUUCAACAGUAUGUUUCAGACCAUCCAAUCAUCAGCCUCUUCCUGAUGGUUACCAUAGUGAUGUGCAGUGUACCGUUUUUCUGUUUCUUUGCCUUUGUAUUCGCUGCCAGCAUAUUUGGUUUUACCGGAUUUGUCAUCUUUGAAGGUGUGGUCCUGUUGUUCGCCUCCUUGGUACUGUUUUGGGCAGUGGUCCUGAUGGGACUACUAUCCAUCGGACUCUCCACCUCCGUUGUCCUCGGAUACUUCACAUUCAGGUUUUCUUGGAGCAUGGUGAAUAACGUUUCAACAAGUAUACCACUGCCAGAAUGUCUUGCAUCCAGACUACCUGACUGGGCCACCAUACAUAAAGAAUGUAAAUAAUGCUGACAAUAUUUUCCAUUUCGAAGCAGUGGUUCCUUUGAUUUGAUCAACAAUGCUAACCUUCAUUGUGUUAUUUCGAAAAUGGUAUAUAACGAGUAAUAGAAUUACUAACGAGCACUUUACGCCAAGGGUUUAAUGCACAUAUUUUAUAUUUGCAUAACACAGUCUAGCAUUAUUUUUAAUACCGGUAAAAUUAAUAUUUUUUUAUGCCAUGUUUAUGAAUCUCGUUUUAUCUGAUGUACUUAUUGAAAAACGUUAUUUAUGAUGUACGUUUCAGUCGCUGAAAAUGUAAUAAAACUGUUAAUACAACUAUGAUGAUAUGCAUAAUUGUUUAUUGGUGUAGAUGUAGUAAUGUUAUAAUCGAUGUAUGAACAUCAGUAAGGGUAUGUAUUAUUAGAUAGAUGAACUUCUUUUGAUGUUUAUGUUAGCAUAAAUGUAUAAAUGAAAUUAGUUAUAUCAUGUUGUUACUGUGUUGAAGUUCGAUGAAUAAAAAGCAGAAAUAUU